AUGCGAUGCGCGAGCAAGGCCGCCGAGAGCGCGUCCGCACGUCUCUGUGCGGACGCCGAAGCAGAAACAACAGCAACUGAUGUCUCAUCGGUUGCUGAAGCGACCCAGCCUGUGUCACUUGGUGAUGCAGGCGCUGGUCAUGAAGACACUCGUGUCUUCACAGAGUACGAGCUCGGUGUCUCGUACUCUCCUGAUACGGAUGACGGAUCCGUAUCGACGGCGAUUGAAUCUAAGCCGCCUGCCAAGCGUGGCAUGGACGAUGCUUUGCGUCGCAGCAUCUUUGGUUCAUCUGAUGAAUCAGAUGAACCAUGGCCGAAGCGAAGGAGCUCGAGGUCGCGAGACUCGGGCGCUAAUAGUGGUGUCGGUUCUCCUAUGGACACCACUUCACAGCGAGGUGCCAGUUCUUCUGUCGGCACGUCGCAGGAAGAGCGGGACCGCAAUGUCUUGCGUCUCGCUCCUGAGAAGAAGGCAUGGAUGCCUCCAAAAUCCGUCAUGGAUCACUUGUCGGCGACGACGAGUGAUCGUUAUCGAACACGAUUGUUCGAUUCGUCAAGGAUCCAUCACCUUGACCCCAGCGCGAAAAACUAUCGCGCUGAACAUGAAUUCUUCAUCGAUGCUUUCUUUAGACAUCGAUGGUACAGUGGGAAUCACAAACGUGAUGGUCCCUCACUACUUCAGGCGUGGAACGCUUACAUCCAUAACCUUGAGGAUGUAGGUCGUGACGCUUGGAACGACAAACUUAUCAAAGCUCGUGAUAAGUUUGUAAAAGAGAACCCCAACAGGUGCACGCUACAAGCUGCAUCGUCUGUCAAGGGAAAAAGGGUUACCCUGCCUCUCUUGGGGAGACUCGUGCCCAUGUUGUGUGAACAACUCUGCACGAGCACCUAA